AUGUCGCGACGUGAAGAAGUCUGGGAGCGAAAGCGGCAAGCCUUCCUGGCCAGGCAGAACGGGGACGCCGCCAGUGCAGUGAGCAGAAACAGUGGUGUUUCUCGAGUACGCGGACCCGCCGGACCUGGCGUUCAAGGUGAGCCUCGGGCCUCCUCACCCUUGUCGCGCCUGGUGGACGAGGGUUUCCCCGAGACGGCUCUGCCAACGCAAGGGACGGACAGCAGGCAAUAUGGCAUGCAAGCCUAUGCCCAGGGUGGCUCCCGGCCCAACAGCCGACAGCAACAGCCGCAGCCUGCCGCGCCAGCGCAGCAGGUUGGGUUUCACAGUGGCGUUGCUCAAGAGUGGUCGAACAACGUGCAACGGAACAUCGUGGUGCACCAGCAGCAGAACGACCCCAACUUUGCAGGGCCCAAGAAGCCUCAAGGAUAUCGGGUGUCACAAGCACCUGGUGGGCCCACCUCCAUCAAUCUCUCCUGGAACGAUGCGCCGAAUCGGGCUGCCUCACCGGGGAAGAUGCGGCCAGAGGUGAUGCCCCCAGCGGGUCGUGCUCCUUCGCCGGGUGCACGCUUCGAGGCGGCGCAAGCUUUUGGAGGAGCUCCAGCACGUGCAGCUUCACCCGCAGAUCGGCGGUAUGAGGCUGUGAAUGGCGCUGUGAGUGGAGUCCAUGGAGUCCAUCAAGGGCGGCACGGCGAGGCACCGGCGCAGCCUUUUGCGGGAGCCCGCGCGCCCUCGCCCGCCUCGCGAUAUGAGGCCAACCUUCACGCCGCCAUGAACGGUGCCAACCACGGCGCCGGUCAGCGGCCUUCCUUGGGUGAGGGCGCUGCUGGCCUGGCUGCGCCUCCCCAACAGCGGCAUCCCUGCUACGGGGAUCCACAGGUCGGCUUCAGCGCCCAGCCCCGCUAUGGUGAGGCGCAUGGGCGCCAUCCUUGUGCCGGAGAUCCGCAGGCACCAGCAGCGGGGGCCCGACCUGCACCAGCGCCGCAAGUGCGACAUCCCUGCUAUGGGGAUCCACAGGCGCCCAGCAAGCGGACGCCUUCACCUGGCGGGCGACGGGUAGAGGCACACCCGGCAAACGAGGCACUGCCAGCUGCAGGCUUCCAGGCCCAGCCAAAUCGAGGAGGAGGAGCCCCCUAUGCCUACGAUGGGGCAGGAGGCGGACUUCCGCCUCCCUUGCCGAGGCAGGUUCAGGAGCCACCCUAUGGCCGAGACCCGCCCGGACAUCAUCCACCCAUCACCCGAGAGCCGGGGCGGGUCUCCUCCAAUGCUUACGCCUGCGGUGGAAAUCAAAACUGCGGCAAUGUGAUCACCGAUCGUCGCUCGACUCGAGUAUCACAUCCUCCCGGCGGUGGUUCCUCGAUUUGCUUCGGCUGA